AUGCCUCUCGUCGUGCCAGGAGUCACCAACGCGCCCGACAGCAAGACGGAGGAGUGGAGCAACAAGCUAGUCGGCAAGAAGAUCACCGACGAUGAGACGUCCAACGAGGUGAACUUUGCAAGGCGUGAGCUUCCCGAGAAGCACCGGGUCAUCGCGCCAGGCACGAUGGUGACCAAGGACUUCCACGCCGAUCGCCUCAACGUCCACGUCAGGGAAGAUGGCACCGUCUCGCACGUCACCCACGGUUGA